AUGUCUAAGAACUCAGAGUUCAUCAACCUGUCAUUUUUAUUAGAUCAUGAGAAGGAGAUGAUCCUGGGAGUCCUAAAGAGAGAUGAAUAUUUGAAAAAAGUAGAGGACAAGAGAAUAAGGAAGCUGAAAAAUGAACUCUUGGAAGCAAAACGUAGAAGUGGGAAGACUCAGCACGAGACCAGCAGGGUCUGUGCUCACUGUCAGAGAAACCUGGGCUUGAUAUUCGACCGCGGAGACCCGUGCCAGGCCUGCUCACUCAGAGUGUGCAGCCAGUGCCGGGUCUCAGGCCUUGAUGGCAGCUGGCGGUGCACCGUCUGUGCCAAAGUCGCGCAGCUAAGGAUUGUAACUGGUGAAUGGUUUUUUGAAGAAAAGGCGAAGCGUUUCAAGCACGUCAGUGUUCUGGGCACUGAUGUUGUCCGACAGUCCAUCUUAAGAAGUCCAGGAGCUGAAGAAAUACAAAGCCAAGAACAAACCCACCAGAACACAGAAAAGUCAGACGCUUCCCUUUCUGCUGGGCGGAAGGCCAGCCAUGAUGGGCCCAGGAAAAAGGGAUUUCUUCUUAGCAAGUUCAGAUCAGCGACCAGAGGAGAAAUUGUAACUUCAAAAACUGAAAGUGGGCGGAGCUACAGCUUGGACUUAGACAGCCAACAUUUUCGGAGUUUAAAGUCAGCCCCUGGUUCAGACUGGGGAAGCACUGGUUCAUCAGGUUCCAACGAGCAGGAAGCUGGUCCUGGAACUCCAAAGAGCGUCCGGAGCAGUGGUGUGACCCCAGUCACUCAGAGGUCACCAGCCCCAAGCACUCGCAGCGUGACCUCAGUCAGCAGUCGAGAACACGGUUUUGAAAAUUCCGUGGAUUUGGCUGCCAUUGAAAGCACCUCUGAGGAUCACACAAAGAGUCAUCACCGAAAACCUUCUGGCACACCUUCCAUAGCAGUGUCCACGGCCUCCCUCUCCUCAGACCGGAGUCGAUCUGAGUUAGAUCUGAGUGGGCCAUCUACAGAAGACUUAGAGGAUACUGUAAGCAUAAGAAGCAAGUCUGUCCCUGGGGCUUCAGACAAAGACUUGGACUACUUGGAAGAGACGGAAGAAGGCAUUGAUGACUUAGCGUCCUCUCGGUUUUCUGCAAACACCCACAGUCUAGCAAGCGGCCUGUCAACCAAUUCUCAAGCAGGCUCUGACAGGAAGUGGACCUACCUAAGUGUGCCUGAUGCUGACUCAGACACUACCAGCCUGAACAGCAUGAUGAGCGUUUACAGUGAAACAGGCGACUAUGGCAACGUGAAGGUCAGCGGGGAAAUCCUCCUCCACAUCAGCUACUGCUACAAAACUGGCGGGCUCUACAUUUUUGUCAAGAAUUGCAGAAAUCUGGCCAUAGGAGAUGAAAAGAAACAGAGGACAGAUGCUUAUGUCAAGUCAUACCUUCUUCCUGACAAGUCUAGAAAUAAUAAGCGCAAGACCAAAAUCAGAACAGGCACCAAUCCAGAAUUCAAUGAAACACUAAAGUAUACCAUCAGCCAUGCCCAGCUGGAAAUGAGAACUCUGCAGCUCUCGGUCUGGCAUUACGAUCGAUUUGGACGGAACAGCUUCCUUGGGGAGGUGGAGAUUCCUUUUGACUCAUGGAACUUUGAAAAUCCAAGUGAUGAGUGGUUUGUGCUUCAGCCCAAGGUGGAAUUUGCUGCGGAUAUCGGCCUUCAGUACAAAGGAGAGCUGACAGUCAUUUUACGUUACAUACCCCCAGAGGAGAACCUGACACUUGCACUAGGACAGCUUCAAGGAAAGAAGACCUUUAAACGAGGAAAUAAGAAGGAUUCUGCUGUUAUCUCUGGAGGAAUCCUAGAAGUGUUCAUCAAAGAGGCGAAGAAUUUGACAGCAGUGAAAUCAGGAGGCACUUCUGAUAGCUUUGUGAAGGGCUACCUGCUCCCUGAUGAUAGCAAAGCCACCAAGCACAAAACUCUGGUAAUAAAAAAGAGUGUCAACCCUCAGUGGAAUCAUACUUUCAUGUUCACUGGCCUGCAUCCCCAGGAUAUAAAGAAUGUUUGCCUAGAACUCACCGUCUGGGACAAGGAGGCCUUUUCCAGCAACAUCUUUCUGGGAGGAGUUCGUUUGAAUUCUGGAAGCGGUGUGAGCCAUGGGAAGACCGUGGAUUGGAUGGACUCUCAGGGGGAAGAGCAACGCCUCUGGCAGAAGAUGGUAGACAAUCCUGGGACUCUGGUAGAGGGCGUACUCAUGCUCCGUGCCAGCAUGGGGAAGAUUAAGCUCUGA